AUGCGCCUUGACAAGGUCUUUGUCAACUGGCUCGUCAGUCUGGCCUGCUUCCUAGCCAUGCAUGGUCGUGAUCUCGCCUCCAAUCUCAUGGGCAUCUGGUUCCCAAUCUUUGGCUUCGUCUCGCUGGGCUUUGACCCCGUCGUCGCCAAUAUGACUUUUAUCCCGAUGAGAAUCUGGCUGGGUGCGCCUGAGAUCACGGUCGGGCUGUAUAUCUGGAAGGGGUUCAUUCCCACGCUGCUGGGGAAUGUUGUUGGGGGCGGAUUGUUUGCUGGCACGUACUACUGGUACAUGUACCUUCUGAACGGAGAGGGAGAUACUCUGACUUGGAAGUGUGAAUCGGGCACGGUGACGCCUCGUUCAGAGGGUGUGGAGGCCGUGGCUGCUGACAAGCAGAGAUAA